AUGUCUUUGAAGGAUCACCUCGGUACAGGACCUCUCGCCUGGGACCUUGAUUCUGUGCCCCUGGUUGCUUACAUCCCAACAUGGAGGGUCGGAUCUCUUCUCCAGCUGUCUUGGGUCAUCAGUCCGCUGUCUCGGAGGAAGAACUCGAUCUCCAGAACCGCAAGCGUGAGCUGCCGGUCCCUUGCUUCGGAUCCGAAAGCUGUGUUUGCAACUGAGACACGUGUUUGCCGAAAAACGACAAUCGCCUCACGCGUUCUCUGCUGCAAGGGAGUUCGAUGCAAUCCGCCGUCGAUGGAUCAGUCACCUCAAACCCCUUCCAACGGUUCUGGCAAGGGUGGUCGCAUGUUUCAGAAGCCGAUAAGCAAGUCUGAUGACUCCAGACUUCAGAUGUUGAAGUUCGAGCUGCUGCUAUCCGCUGCGAACGAGGAAUCAGAGUGA